AUGCCAAGGUCAUCCAGUUACACUCGGCACUCCGAAGAAUCCAAAAACCAGUUUGUUGGUGCCAUGACUGUUGAACCCAACAUCAAGAAGCAUGCUGCGGCGCAUGGGAUCCCGUACGAAACUGCUCGAAAGAUCUGGAGGAAGUAUCAGGAGACCGGCUCCAUUGAAAAUCUUCUUCUCAGCGGUCGUCCAAAGAAGAUCACACCCGCAGUCGAGAAGAAAAUCGCAAAGACGGCACGCGCCAUUCGCCGCAUGCCAUUUGAAGACAUUGGCAAUCAAAUGGAUCCGCGGAUCAGUGCGCGAAGCGUCGGGAGGGUGCUGGACAAGGAGGGUUUGCAUCGACGGGUUGCUAGGGUUGUCCCGUAUCUUACGGAGGAUCACAAAGCGGCUCGUUUGGCAUGGGCGGAGCGUUUGGCAAGCAAGACAGAUCGGCAAUGGGCUUGGGUCAUCUGGUCUGACGAAUGUUACAUUCAUUUGGACGGCGGAGCACAGCGGGUGUGGGUAACGAGAACAAGUGAGGAGGUGUAUGAUCAAGAUUGCCUCGUUCCUCGCUUCAAACAGUCUCCGAUUCGCGUCAUGGUGUGGGGAUGCAUCGCGCAUGAUUGGAAAGGACCUCUGAUUGUCCUUGAGUACCCGGGAGGCCGCGGAGGCGGGAUGACCGCGGAGCGUUAUCAAAAGCAGGUGCUGCAGAAGGUGCUUGAGGAUGCUCUGGCCGAUGUCAAGAAGCAGAGAGGCAGUCGAGCUCGAAUCGAGUUUCAACAAGAUGGUCCGUCGUGUCACACAGCCAAGUCAACAAAGAAGUGGUUGGAGAACCACAAGAUCCCUCUAUUUCCUCAUCCAGCGAGCUCCCCCGAUCUCAGCCCCAUUGAGCCCGCUUGGCACGAGUUGAAGAAGCGCAUCCGACUCCGCCAGCUGCAGUCAUCGUCGUUUGAAUCUCUCAAAACUGCCAUUUUAGAGGAGUGGGAAGCAAUGCCCAUGGAGGACAUAAACAAGUACACACGGGGUAUGAGGGCACGAGUUCAGGCUGUAUUAGAGGCUCAGGGAGGACAUACAAGGUACUAG